CUUAAAGAAUUGUACGGGAUUAAGCAGGCUAUACCUUCAUCAUAACCAAUUCACAGGAGAUAUAUCUCACAAUUUAGGAGUCUAUCCGCAUCUUUGGUAUGUAGAUCUCAGCUUCAAUAGUUUGUCUGGUACACUCUCACCCGACUGGGGAAGUUGGCACAACCUGACAUGCCUAAAAAUCUCAAAUAACAACAUCACUGGAGUGAUACGGCCAGAGCUUGGGCACUUGUCGAACCUACAAAAACUGGACCUUUCCUCGAACUACCUGCAAGGAGAGAUCCCAAAGAGCUUGGGAAACCUGGCUCAUCUUUAUAACCUGAGCCUGAGCAACAAUCGACUUGUUGGAGAGGUACCAAUGGAGUUGGGAAGGAUGUCAAAUCUUCAACUUCUUGAUUUGUCGAGAAACGGAUUGACAGGAAGGAUACCGUAUCAAAUCGGCACUUGCAUGAAACUCCAACUUCUGAAGCUGAACAACAACAAUCUCAGUGGAAGCAUCCCUUUGGAGAUCGGCAAUCUGGUGCACCUUCAAGAAGCGCUUGACCUCGGCCACAACUCACUGACAGGGGAGAUACCGUCGCAACUCGGCAAGUUGUCGAUGUUGCAGUAUUUGAAUCUGUCGCAGAAUGGCUUCACCGGUGGCCUUCCAUCAUCUUUGAAGGACAUGGUUAGCUUGUCCGUCAUAGAUGUAUCACACAACGAAUUGGAGGGGCCUGUGCCUGAUAGCCCGUUUUUCCGUAAAGCUCCACUGGAUUGGUUCCUCCACAACAAAGGCUUGUGCGGGGUCGUCAAAGGCUUGCCUCCAUGUGUUUCAUCCGCUACGAGAAGAAAUGAUGAAAGCAAGCACCACAAAGUAGUCGUUAUCUUAGCUUCCAUGGUCUUCAUUCUUCUAUCACUCAUGAUCGUUGGAGCUGCCUUGCAAUUCCGAAAGAGGAAGAAACAGUCGCUACCUGUUCAAGAUAACGGCAACAGAGAAGGUGCAUUCUGCAUACUGAGUUUUGACGGAAGAUACGCGUACAAGGACAUCAUUGAAGCCACAGAAGAUUUCAACGACAAAUACUGUAUCGGAACUGGUGCCUGUGGCAGUGUUUAUAGAGCCGAAUUAACUAGCGGCAAGGUGCUAGCAGUGAAGAAAAUUCACCUACAGGAGAUCGAGGAUACAUCGAAUGAGAUACCCUUUCAAAACGAAAUACAAACACUCACUCGAAUUCGGCAUCGGAACAUCGUCAAGCUCUACGGAUUCUGCUCCUCUACUCGGCACAAGUUUCUGGUGUACGAGUAUAUGGAGAGAGGAAGUCUGGGAUCCAUCCUCAGAAGCGAAGCUGCAGCAGCUGAACUGGACUGGGUGAAGAGGGUGGAUGUUGUCAAGGAUGUGGCUCGUGCUCUCUCCUACAUGCAUCAUGAUUGCGACCAACCCAUCGUUCAUCGGGAUAUAACCAGCAACAAUAUUCUGCUCGAUUCAGAAUUCAAGGCUUGUGUUUCUGACUUCGGCAUCGCUCGACUCCUGCAGCCGGAUUCAUCGAAUUGGAGCAUGAUUGCUGGCACGCAUGGUUACUUAGCACCUGAGCUUGCUUACAGAAUGAGAGUGACCACCCAAUGCGAUGUGUACAGUUUCGGAGUGGUCACGCUUGAGUUGCUGAUGGGAACUUAUCCGGGAGAGUUCAUCUCUGUUCUUCCUUCUUCCGCCGCCCAAAGCAGUUCUGUGAAAACUAUAUUAGACCAGCGCGUACCGCUUCCUACUGCCGAAGCUGCGGAUGAAGUGGUUGCAGUGUUAAGGUUGGCAAUUCGCUGCGUGGACGACAACCCAGAAACCCGGCCAACGAUGAAGCACAUCUUCUACAAGUUGUCGACACCGAAGACGCACCCAAACCUCCCAUCUCUUGAUUCCUUGAAGCUUUCAGACUUGAGGAAUGGUGAAAGAUGAUCGAUCCAGUGGACCUCUCUUCCAUCGGUUGCGUCUCAUACUGACUGACGUCUUAAACGUUUGAUCUUUCUCGUCAUGGUUAUGUAGUCGAGCAUCAUUUUGCUUCACUGUUUUAUCCAUUACAUUUGAUGUUGUAAUAGAUUUAGCUUUGUCGAUGUAAAAACCCCGACCCAGGAAAAUUGGAGAUGCUACAACCUUGCAAUCCUAUAGGUUUUCAUGUACCAAUGUAAAUGCCUCAAUCGAAAUAAAUAAU